AUGCCGUCCAACUUCAAGACAUACGAGGCGCAGAGCCGCCUGCUGGCCGCGGUCCUGGCCAGCGAUCCCAGCAUCAAGUUGAACUUCAAAGCCAUUGCUAAGCAUUAUGGCUCUGACACAUCCAUGUCGGGCAUUGAGCACCGCUUCCGGCCCAUCAAGAAGGCCGCAGCCGGCCUUCGCCAGGUGGUCGCCGAGGGCAAGGAUGCAAAGGAUUAUGCAGCCUGCGUCACCAUGAAUGAGAAGGAGAUCGCCAAGUACUUCGGCGAGUCCACCCCCAUGGGCAUCGAGUUCCAGUUCCGCUCCAUCAAGAAGGAGGCCAAGGCCCUGCGCGCCGCCCACGACUCGGGCAGCCCCAUGCCCCCGACCCCGUCCGCCACCCGCACCUACUCGGCCGCCUCGACGCCCCGCAAGCGCAAGGCCCCCUCCUCCGCCGCCAGCGCCACGCCCAAGUCGGCCGCCACCACCACCCCGGGCACCGGCACCAAGCGCGCGGCGGCCGCCGCCGCUGCCCGCGCCUCGCCCGCCAAGAGGCAGACGCCCGCCGCCGCUGAUAAGGACAGCAACGAGUCGACCGAGGACGAGGUCGACUACGACGCGCUCGACGUCACGCCCACCAAGCCCUCCGUCGCCGCGACCGCGGCCGCCAAGCGCCAGAGGCGCGCCUCCACCGCCGCGAGCCCCAUCCCCGACGGCGACGGCCUGGGCGGCGACUUCGCCCCGCCGGCCCCCGCGUACGCCAUGUCCGGCGCGCUGCCGACGCCCCGCGCCACCGGCGGCACGGGCAGCAGCAUGCCCCCCGAGGUCAAGAUCAAGACUGAUGUCGACGAGGACAACGACGACGACGGAUUCGCUAUUGUCGACAAGCCCGUCAACUGGCCCUCUUCCUCCCUCCCGGGCAGCCGCGCCAGCCAGCCGCCGCUGUCGCUGUCGCAGUCCCAGUCCCAGUCCCAGCAGGCGCCCGUCUUCAGCCAGCAGAGCACCGCGAGCUCCAUCUUUGGCGGCGGCAGCUUUGGCAACCGCAGCUUCGGCAACGGCAGCGGCAUCAACCACGAGGAGAUUGACUACUCGGCCGGUAUGAUGAGCCACGAUAUCUUUGCGCUGGAGGAUGGCGAGAUCUGA